GUCGGCGUGGCUCCCAGUCGGACCGAGCAGCUGUUGAGUCGCCGUGCCGCCGCGCCCCGGAAAGUGCCGUCUGAGUCGACUCCGGACGCUCGCUCCGUCGCUCUCUCUCCGUCUCUCUCCGCUCUCUCCGCUCUCCCCGGACGAUGGAGAAGCAGCCCGCUGCGCCGGCCGACCCGGAGAAGGUGGACCCCGCCGGCGGCGGACAGCAGCCCGAAUACCGACAGCGCGAGACCUGGGCCAACAAUGCCGAGUUCGUCCUCUCGGUGAUGGGCUUCUGCGUGGGGCUGGGAAACGUGUGGCGCUUCCCGUACCUCUGCUACAAAAACGGCGGCGGGGCGUUUCUGAUUCCGUACGCCAUCUGCCUGGUGACUGGCGGUGUGCCCAUGUUUUUCCUGGAAGUCGGCAUCGGCCAGUUCAUGGGAGAGGGCGGCAUCUCCGUCUGGAAACUCUGCCCGGCGUUCACAGGUAUCGGACUGGGAACUACGGUGAUCUCCUUCCUGCUCAACAUCUACUACAUCGUCAUCCUGGCGUGGGGCCUGCUCUAUAUGUUCCACUCGUUCCAGUCGCCGCUGCCGUGGGCCACCUGCGACAACUGGUGGAACACCGAGCUGUGCUCCACCUUCGCUAACGGCACGGCCAACGGCUCGGCGGCGGCGGUAAAGACAGACCCCGUGGUGGAGUUCUGGGAACACAAUAUCCUGGGACUGAGCUCCGGGAUAGACGACGUGGGCGUUCCCCAGUGGCGCCUCGUGCUGACACUGCUGCUCGCCUGGAUCAUGGUGUACUUCAUCGUGUGGAAAGGCAUCAAGUCCUCCGGCAAGGUCGUCUACUUCACCGCCACCUUUCCGUACAUCAUGCUGUUCGUCUUGCUGGUGCGGGGCGUCACCCUGCCCGGCGCCAAGCUGGGCAUUCUGUUCUACCUGACCCCCGACUUCGGAAAACUGCUGGAGGCGCAGGUCUGGAUAGACGCCGGGACGCAGAUUUUCUUCAGCUACGCCAUCGCCCUGGGCUCGAUGACGGCGCUAGGAUCGUACAACAAGUACAACCACAACUUCAUACGCGACUGCACGCUGCUCUCCGUGGUCAACAGCUGCACCAGCCUCUUCGCAGGGUUCGUGGUAUUCAGCGUUCUCGGUUUCAUGGCCACCGAACAGGGUGUCACCGUUGACGUCGUGGCAAAGUCAGGACCGGGCCUGGCGUUUAUCGCCUACCCGAAGGCGGUGUCGCUGAUGCCGCUGGCGCCGCUCUGGUCCAUCCUGUUCUUCGUGAUGCUGCUCACGCUGGGCCUGGACUCGCAGUUCGUGGCCGUCGAGGGCUUCGUCACCGCCAUCGUCGACCUCUACCCGCAGUACCUCAGGGUCGGCCGGCGCCGGGAGAUAUUCAUUCUGGUGACGUCACUGGUCGGGUUUCUGCUCGGCCUGUUUCACGUAACCAAUGGCGGUGUAUACGUGUUCACGCUGUUCGACUACUACUCGGCCUCGGGCAUGGUGCUGCUGUGGUUCUGCUUCUUCGAGUGCGUGGCCGUCGCCUGGGUGUACGGUGGCGAGCGGUUCUACGACAACAUACAGGGCAUGGUGGGCUCCCGGCCCGGACCCUGGCUGAGAAUCUGCUGGACCGUGCUGACACCGCUGCUCACUGCGGGUAUAUUCGUGUUCUCCCUGGUGACGCACACCCCGCUGAAGUACGACGGGUACGUGUACCCGCGGUACGCCGACGCCGUCGGCUGGAUGCUGGCUCUGCUCUCCAUGGUUACCAUACCGGGCUACCUGGUCAUCAGACUGGUACUGACACCUGGCGGCAGCCUCCUACAGCGCUGGAGGACGGCCACCGCUCCCGUACUGGAGCCCCAUCAGCUGAGAGCGCGCGACCGGCCCCAGGUGCCCAUGUACCAGCUGAGGCACUGAGAGCGCCGAACGGAAACCACGGCGGAGUUCAGAUGAAGACGCCUGGGACUUCUCGUGGCGACUCGGCGGGACAGGGCGGAUCGGUGGUCUCACUGAGGGAAAUGGGACGACCGACGGGACGUGGUGGCUCUAUGGGAGGGGGUGGGGGGACGACCGACGGGCCGUGUUGGCUCUAUGGGAGGGACGACCGAUGGGCCGUGGUGGCUCUAUGGGAGGGACGACCGACGGGCCGUGGUGGCUCUAUGGGAGGGACGACCGACGGGCCGUGGUGGCUCUAUGGGAGGGAAGGGGGGGGGGGCGACGGAUGGGCCGUGGUAGCUCUAUGGGAGGGGGGACGGAUGGGCCAUGGUGGCUCUAUGGGAGGGGGGACCGACGGGCCGUGGUGGCUCUAUGGGAGGGGGGAAGGAUGGACCAUGGUGGCUCUAUGGGAGGGACGACCGACGGGCCGUGGUGGCUCUAUGGGAGGGAAGGGGGGGGGCGACGGAUGGGCCGUGGUAGCUCUAUGGGAGGGGGGACGGAUGGGCCAUGGUGGCUCUAUGGGAGGGGGGACCGACGGGCCGUGGUGGCUCUAUGGGAGGGGGGAAGGAUGGACCAUGGUGGCUCUAUGGGAGGAGGGACCGACGGGCCGUGGUGGCUCUAUGGGAGGGGGGGGGGGAAGGAUGGACCAUGGUGGCUCUAUGGGGGGGGGGGCGCACUGCCAGCCGCUCAUAGUACUGCUCACGACGGCCCGCUCUGUGGACCGGGCGGCUCACGGUGGCUCACUCUGUGGAUCGGACGGCUCACUCUGUGGACUGGACAGCUCACUCUGUGGACUGGACGCGGGGCGGCUCACGGCGGCUCGCGGCGGAGAUAUCGGCGGUUCAGUGCGACUCGCGGGUGGACUCCGUCGUCGGCGGAGAUAUCGGCGGUUCAGGGCGACUCGCGGGUGGCGGCAGAGAUAUCGGCGGUUCAGGGCGGCUCGCGGGUAGACUCCGUCGUCUGUGUCUGAGGGUGGACGGCGGAGAUAUCGGCGGUUCAGGGCGACUCGCGGGUGGACUCCGUCGUCGGCGGAGAUAUCGGCGGUUCAGGGCGACUCGCGGGUGGCGGCAGAGAUAUCGGCGGUUCAGGGCGGCUCGCGGGUAGACUCCGUCGUCUGUAUCUGAGGGUGGACGGUGGACUCCGUCGUCUGUGUCUGAGGGUGGACGGCUCUUUGAACGAGUCACAGCUGCUCAGGGUUGUUUUGGUUGUCCGGUUACAGGUGUCCAAUGGCCCUCACAGUCACUGGCACCCUGGGCUGUGCGGGUUGGGUGUGCCAUAGUUCGGCUCAAAUGGCCACGGCUCAGUCAUGAGUCACAGGAACCUGGGGCUCUGUGGGUUGGAUGUGGCGCAGUUCGGCUCCAAUGGCCACUCCCAGUCACAGGAACCCGGGCCUCUGUGGGUUGGAUGUGGCGCAGUUCGGCUCAAAUAUGGCCACUCCCAGUCACAGGUAGCCGGGCCUCUGUGAGAUGGAUGUGGCGCAGUUCAGCUCAGGUGGCCACUCCCAGUCACAGGAACCCGGGCCUCUGUGAGUUGGAUGUGGCGCAGUUCAGCUCAGGUGGCCACUUCCAGUCACAGGAACCCGGGCCUCUGUGAGUUGGAUGUGGCGCAGUUCGGCUCCAAUGGCCACUCCCAGUCACAGGUAGCCGGGCCUCUGUGAGACAGGUGCUCGGCCGGCCAGCUGUUCAGAGGCUCUGCGAGUUUAGAGACGGUUACACGACGACUCUGAGCGGCCGGAUAGUGUGACUCGCUGUACCAUUUCACGCUCCAGGGACCACUCACAGGGGCCGUGGAUAUGACCAUGAGCCAUCCGCCUUCAGCGCGUUACGACCCGGCAGUGGGUGGACCCGGUCCUGGAGCAGCUGACGGCGGCACACAACUGCAGUCGGGGUAGGGCGCCUUCACAGCACAGAGUGUACUGAGCCGACACACUGACAGCUGUACCCGAGGUACUCGGUAGACCUCGCCGGGUCUUGUGCUAACGACCGGGCACUGUGUUCUGUGUUCUAUAUGCUGUGUUCUGAGCGCAAGUCGUACAAUUAACGUAAGCCGUAACCUUUCCACCUGUGUCGUGACCACCACGGCUUCAACAUGUGGCUUCAGCGAUAUAUGUCUAGCUUUUCACAUUUUAUAUAGGAUUUUACAUUUGAAUGGCUAUGAAUGGUCAUUCACGUCCGCCUAGCCGUGUCAUUUCAGUGCCAAAUUGAUGGAGAGCGCUGGAGACCAGUGAAUGAUCUCAAAUGAGACCAGUGACUGUUCUACUGUAAGAUCCAGCAUUGUCAUCAGGUGCCCGUUGUCCCGCCCCUGAGAUGUGCGAACCCCGUCAGUGAGCUGCUUGUUCUCCAAACACGGCUGGCCAAAAUGACGGCCGUCAACAGCCUAUGCCAUUUGAUACAGAUAUUUUGAAGCAGUGAGGUAAUUGUGGAGCAUUAUUAAGGCAAUACAUGAUAUGCAUGCUUGAUG